AAGAAAAAGAAAGGCGCCUAAAGAGAAAAAAGAAAGAGAGAAUUUAAGCACUCCCGCGUAGCGAGGGUUUUGGCUGGACUGAAGUUGGAAGGCUCUGCAAUCGGAGAAUGGCGUCUGCAUCUUCCUCGUCGGGGCCAGAGAUCCCAUGGGUCGAGAAGUUUCGCCCCACUAAGGUGUCGGAUAUCGUCGGCAAUCAUGAAGCCGUCGCCAGGCUCCAAGUCAUCGCUCGCGAUGGCAACAUGCCCAACCUUAUUUUGGCCGGUCCUCCUGGAACUGGUAAGACUACUAGCAUAUUGGCUCUUGCUCAUGAACUCCUAGGGCCAAAUUAUAGAGAGGCAGUAUUGGAGCUAAACGCAUCAGAUGAUAGAGGAAUUGAUGUUGUGAGAAACAAAAUAAAGAUGUUUGCCCAGAAGAAAGUUACAUUGCCCCCUGGAAGGCACAAGAUAAUAAUUUUGGAUGAAGCUGACAGCAUGACUUCAGGAGCUCAACAAGCUUUGAGGAGGACUAUGGAAAUAUAUUCUAAUUCUACACGUUUUGGGCUAGCUUGCAACACUUCAUCAAAGAUUAUUGAGCCUAUUCAGAGUCGGUGUGCUCUUGUUCGGUUUUCUAGAUUAUCUGAUCAAGAGAUCCUUGGACGUCUCAUGGUGGUGGUUGAAGCAGAAAAGGUACCUUAUGUUCCAGAAGGUCUUGAAGCAAUUAUUUUCACUGCUGAUGGUGAUAUGAGGCAAGCAUUGAACAACUUGCAAGCCACAAACAGUGGAUUUGGGUUUGUUAAUCAAGAAAAUGUUUUCAAGGUUUGUGAUCAGCCCCAUCCCUUGCAUGUCAAAAACAUGGUACGCCAAGUGAUUGAGGGGAAAUUUGAUGAUGCUUGUACUGGAUUGAAGCAGCUUUACGAUUUGGGUUAUUCACCAACUGAUAUCAUUACCACUCUAUUCCGAAUCAUAAAGAACUAUGAUAUGCCCGAGUAUUUGAAGUUAGAAUUUAUGAAGGAAACUGGAUUUGCUCACAUGAGGAUUUGUGAUGGAGUUGGCUCAUAUCUUCAAAUGUCUGGUUUGCUCGCGAAACUUGCAUUGGCCCGCGAAACAGCUAAAGCGGCUUAGUUAGCUGGCAAGUUGUUCUUAGCAACUUCUAUCUCAUCACUGUAGAUUUUUGGAUAUUCCUAUUUAUGGCAACACUUAUAUGCUCUCUUCUUAUGCAAGCUACGCUUUAGCAGAAGUAAAAUGUUAACCUUGUAGCGAGUGAGGACGAGGAGAGUUGUGUGGUUGCAACAUAUGCUGGAAAUAUGUUUUGAGAUGAGGAUAAUUUUCCCGAAA